AUGGCCACCCCUAGUGUCCUAGCCUUUGACGCCGAGGGUCGAGCCAUUGAUUUUGAGGUCUGGCUAGACGACCUGCAGCUUUUCUUACAGUGCGACAGAGCUGACAGCCUUUCUCUCUUUGACCUCACCUCUGGCGCCUCUCCUGCUCCUGCUGCCGAUGCUGAUCCCACUGUCCGCUCUCAGUGGGCCACCCGCGAUGCUGCUGCACGUCUUGCUGUGCGUCGCCACCUCCCUACCUCUGAGCGUGCGCACUUUAGUCAGUACAAGAGUGCUCAGACCUUGUACGACGCUGUAGUUGCGCGCUACUCCUCCCCUGCCACUGCUGCACUGAGCCGUCUCAUGCUUCCCUACCUCUUUCCUGACCUCUCUGUCUUUCCCACUGUCACUGACCUCAUUACGCACCUCCGCACUAGUGACACUCGCUACCGCGCCGCCCUUCCUGCUGAGUUCUGCGCUAAGAACCCCCCCCCCAUGUACAUCACUCUCUACUACGUAGUCGCGCGCCUCCCUGACUCCCUCCGCGUAGUCAGGGACCACUUUCUCGCAGUCUGUCCCACCACUCUCACCGUCGACCUCCUCGAGAAGGCCCUCCUCGCAGCGGAGAAGAGCAUAGUCGCUGUAGGUGCCUCUCGUGGUGACCCUCGCACCCCCAUCUUUGAGGGGUGCUCUCCUUCCCCCUUGCUGCCCUCUGUUGCCUCUGCUGCUGCGGCCGACCUGCUUGGUCUUGAGUCGGUCGGCGCGGCGUCUGCCCCUAGUGGGAGACGUCGCUCUAGCAAGGGCAAGGGGGGCAAGGGCGCGGGCGGAGCUGGAGGGGGCGGUGGCGGUGGCGGCGGAGGCGGCGGAGGGAGUGGGGGUGGCGGCGGGAGUAGUGGUGGUGGUGGUGGUGGUGGUGGCAGCAGCGGCGGAGACGGUAGUGGUAGUGCCAGCGGUGGUGGUGGAGGCAGCAGCGGGAGCGGAGGCGGUGGAGGUGGAGGCAGUGGAGGCGGCGGCGGAGGAGGCGGUGGUGGUGGAGGAGGUGGAGCUGGUCGUGGUGGUACCCAGCAGCGGAGCGGCGGUGGUGGUGCCCAGCGCUCGCAGCGGCAGCAAGCAGCAGCGUUCGCAGGGACAUCCCUCCGCCUCAGCAGCUUCGUGAGUGGUACGCUGCGCGUCAGAGGGUGUGGGGGUGCCCACUCCACCCAGCGCUGCUUUGGCCGCCUCACGGACGCUUGGCGUCAGCAGUUCCCCGGGGCUAGUGAGAUCCCUCGCUGGGAUGAGCUCCUUAGGGCUGGUGUAGCGAUCUUUGAUCUUGAUUUUGAUGCUAUCCUUUCUGCUAUGUAUGCUGUGACUUAUAGUGAGGAGAAUGAGGGUUACCGGUGUUUCCAGCCCGACCCGGGCAUUGGUACUGCUGCGCUAGGUACUUGUGAGGCUGCUGCUCUAGGUGCCAGUGCGUCUGCGCUCUCAGGUACUAGUGAGACUGCGCUCUCAGGUGCUGGUGAGACUGCGCUCUCAGGUACUGCGUCGCCCUCGUCCUCCCUCACUUUCACACUUGACUCUGGGGCUUCUCGCUCCUUCUUUCGAGACCGCACUACCCUUACGCCUCUUGGCCGGCCGGUUGCGGUCUCCCUUGCUGACCCCUCUGGGGGUCCUGUCCUGUCUCACUUCUCCACUGUCCUCCCGUGUCCGGCUGCCCCUUCGGGCACCCUGUCCGGUCUGUACCUUCCCUCGUUCUCUACGAACUUGGUGAGUGGUGCGGACCUACAGGAUGCGGGGGUUCACCAGUUCACUCCUGCGAGGCGACGGGUGACCCACUGCACGGACGCAGACACAGGCCGACACCUGGCCACGUUCUCGCGUCGGCCGGGGUCGAGUCUCUACACCCUGACCACUUCGUCUCCUCCUGUCCCUGCGUCUGGUCGGGUAGCUGCGUCAGGUCAGGUGUUUGCUGCUGCUUCCCGGUCAGGUCCUGAGUCUGCCCCCUGUUCUUGUCGCCUCCUGUCUCACGAGACUCUCCUGUGGCACCACCGUCUUGGCCACCCCUCCUUGCCCCGUCUUCGGAGCAUGGCUUCCCGUGUCCUUGUCUCUGGUCUUCCCCAGUCUCUCCCUCCUCUCCCCUCCGGGCCAGGACCUUCCUGUGUCCCCUGUGUCGAGGGUCGCCUCCGGGCUACUCCUCACUCCUCCCACUUCCCCCCGACAGAGGCUCCCCUGCAGACGCUUCACAUGGAUGUGUGGGGCCCAGCCCCCGUCCGUGGGCAAGAUUACGAGCGCUACUUCCUGUUAGUGGUUGACGACUACUCGCGUUACACCACAGUCCUCCCCUUGCGCAGCAAGGGUGCGGUCACUGAGGUGCUGAUCGACUGGAUCCGCGAGGCUCGUCUCCAGCUCAGGAAGAGCUUCGGCUCGGACUUUCCUGUUCUGCGUCUGCACUCUGACAGAGGCGGAGAGUUCUCUUCUCGCCUUCUGCGAGACUACUGUCGUGCACGGGGGAUCCGCCAGACCUUCACGCUUCCGGACUCCCCACAGCAAAAUGGGAUUGCUGAGCGCCGCAUUGGCAUGGUCAUGGAUGUCGCUCGUACGUCCAUGAUGCAUGCGGCUGCCCCCCAUUUUCUGUGGCCGUUUGCUGUGAGGUACGCGGCGCAUCAGCUCAACCUUCACCCCCGGGUCUCUCGGCCUGCGAUGUCCCCAGUCUUGCUGUGGACAGGGAAGGUUGGCGAUGCGUCUGUGUUCCGUGUCUGGGGAUCUCGGGCGUUUGUCCGCGACUUGUCUGCAGACAAGCUGUCCCCCCGUGCUGCUCCCUGUGUCUUCCUUGGCUUCCCCAUUGACGCCCCAGGGUGGCAGUUUUACCACCCCUCCUCUCGUCGUGUUCUGUCCUCCCAGGACGUCACGUUCGACGAGUCAGUCCCCUUCUACCGUCUCUUCCCCUACCGCACUCCUUCCCUCCCCCCUCCCCCGGACUUCCUUGUGCCGGUUCCCCCCCCGGUCGACCCCCUCCCCCCUCAGGUUCCUGCCCCCUCAGGUGUGUCCCAGGUAGACGCCGUUGACCCGGUCGAGGUUACUGGUGACUCUGGUGCUGCUGCGGGUGCUGAGCCUGGGGGUACUGACUCUGGGGGUGCUGACCCUGAGGGUGCGGGGCCUGGGGGUGCUACUGCUGGGGGUGCUGGGCGUGGGGGUGCUACUGCGGUGGGUGCGGAGCCUGGGGGUACUGGGCCGGGGGGUGCUGUGCCUGGAGGUGCUGAGUCUGGGGGUGCUGAGCUGGGAGCUGCUGGGCCUGAGGGUACUGAGCUGGGAGCUGCUGAGCCUGGGGGUGCUGCGCCUAGAGUUGCUGAGCCUGGGGUUUCUCCUGCUGCUGCGUCUCGCCGGGAGCCCCUCUCUCCACCGGAGCUGCGCGAGUGGUUCGCUCGCCGCUGGAGGCGUGCUGCUGAGUCUGGAGGUGCUGCUGGAGCUGGAGCUGGAGCUUCUUCGACCGUCGAGGGUGCGAGUGCUGCUGGUCUCGGAGCUGCUGGACCUACUGGUCCUCCUGGAGCUGGAGCUGCUGAGGGCGUUGGUGCUGAGCCUGCUGCUGUUGGACCUGCCGCUGGAGGUGUGGGUGGCGCUGGUGCUGUCGCUGAGGGUGCUGGUACUGUCCCUGCUGAGUCUGGAGCUGCCGCGCGGCCUCGGCCGUACUUCGUUCCGCUCCUGCAGCAGGUUCUUGGUCUUUCUCCUCCUGUAGAGGGUCCACCGCCUGUCCAGUCGCAGUCCCUACUGGAGCCUUCCUCUCCGCUGCCUGCUCCCUCUCCUUACACUGGUCCUACUGGAGGUCUUGCUGAGCGUCGUGAGCCUGCGUCUCGUCCCGCGUCGCCUGUUCGUGCUGCUCGCGCUAGUGGUCGCAGUUCGCGUCAGCGUCCUCCUCCUGUCCCUGGCACGCACCGGAUGUCUCUGCGUCCGUCCACGGCUCCUCUGCGUGCCCCUUUGCCUUCUCCUCCUGAGUCCUCUCUUCCUGCGCUUGCCGACCCUGAGUCGGACUCUCUUCGCGCUGCCAGUCCUACUGUCACGCGUCUGCUUGCUACUGUCGUCACUGACCCCUCGUUUGAGUCCACUGCUGCGUCUGCUCUGGUCGCUGAGCUCGUUGACUUUGCUGCUCGCUGUCGUCUCGACUACGCUGCUAGUCUUGUUGCUGAGUCUGUGUCUGGCUGUCCUCCGUCCGUCGGGGGUGAGUGUGCUCUUGGCACGGACGUCCUAGAGGACAGGCAGGAGGAGUUACAGUGUCUAGCGGCUGCUUCACCUCAUCUCGCGUCUGUACUGCUUGCCCCUGAGGGAGACCCGGAUGCACUAGACAUCCCGACUCCGCGUUCUUACGCGGAGGCCGUAGAGGGUCCCUACUCCUCUCAGUGGCAGGCAGCUAUGGAUGCAGAGAUGGCUUCCUGGAAGUCCACAGGCACCUACGUUGACGCAGUUCCCCCUCCUGGGGCGAACAUCGUCAGUGGCAUGUGGAUCUUCAGGGUGAAGCGACCGCCGGGCUCUCCACCUGUCUUCAAGGCACGGUACGUUGCUCGUGGCUUCAGUCAGCGGCAGGGAGUUGACUACUUUCAGACCUUCUCUCCCACCCCGAAGAUGACCACUCUUCGGGUGCUGCUGCACAUAGCCGCUCAGCGCGACUACGAGCUUCACUCUCUCGACUUCAGCACUGCGUUCCUGCAGGGUAGCCUGCACGAGGAGAUCUGGCUGCGCCGUCCGCCUGGCUUCACUGGGACUUUCCCUCCUGGCACCCAGUGGAGCCUCCGACGGCCAGUCUACGGUCUCCGCCAGGCACCGCGUGAGUGGCACGACACACUGAGGACUACGCUUGCGGCUCUUGGGUUUGCUCCUUCUACUGCUGACCCGUCGCUGUUUCUUCGCACCGACGCUUCCCUGCCGCCGUUCUACAUCCUCGUGUACGUCGACGACUUGGUCUUUGCCACAGCGGACACUGCUGGACUCGCCUACGUGAAGUCCGAGCUGCUGAAGAGACACACGUGCACAGACCUGGGUGAACUGCGCAGCUACCUUGGCUUGCAGAUCACUCGGGAUAGAGCACGCCGCACCAUCACCUUGACUCAGUCACACAUGGUGCAGCAGGUCCUUCAGCGCUUCGGCUUCACGUACUCCUCGCCUCAGGCCACUCCUCUGCCUACUCGCCACUCACUCUCAGCUCUGCCUUUGGAUGAGUCCGUAGAGUCGAGUGGUCCGUAUGCAGAGCUUGUUGGCUGCCUCAUGUACCUGAUGACCUGCACACGACCCGACCUCGCAUACCCUCUGAGCAUCCUUGCACGCUAUGUUGCUCCUGGGAGACACCGACCAGAGCACAUGGCUGCAGCGAAGAGGGUAUUGCGCUACCUGUGCAGUACUUGUGAGGCUGAGAUCUACGCCGGGGCCAUGGCUGCACAGGAGCUUCGCUGGCUCACCUACCUGCUGACUGACCUUGGAGAGCCGCCUCGUUCUCCUCCAGUGCUGUACGUAGACAACAAGGCCAUGCUGGCCUUGUGUCGAGAGCAGCGCUUGGAGCACAGAACGAAGCACAUUGCUCUCCGCUACUUCCUUGCUCGUGAGCUGCAGCAGCGUGGUCAGUUGCGACUUGCGUACGUGGCCUCUGAGGCCAACACUGCUGAUGUGUUCACCAAGGCACUCGCGCCUUGUGACCAUCAGCGCUUUUGCACCCAGCUGGGUCUUGUGCCUGUCUUGCCUCACUUGCUCUCCUCUUGA